ACCUAAGUGACUGGUCGGAUCCUGAAGAUGAGGGAAAGGAACCGUACGAUGGCUUUGAGCAGAAAGAUACAGAACUGGAGACGAUUGAAGUUGGGCAUAUGGUCAAUGGUCAAUGUGCACCGUCCAAUGAGGUUGUGAUUUUCAACAAGAUUGAGCCGCCACGACCGGAACCAAACUAUCUGGCAUUCGACCAAAACCAUGUGGUUCAUUGGUUGGAGCAAAACGUACACAUGAACUGGUGGCACGAUCCGCAGUUCAAGGUAGAAGUGGUUAGCAAUCAUAGAGGUGCAUCCUUUUGCGAUUUUUGGUCCGAAUGCGUCGCUAAGGCAUCGCACGGAUUCCUUAAAUCGGAACCCGUCUCCACCAUAUCGGAGCUCUGUGUGUUGAGAGAAAUUCUGUGGAUGUUCACGUCGCCAGUCGAUUGUAAGCUAUUUCGAAUCGACGAUGAUCAGAUUUGGAUCAAUUCCAACGUGUCACUGGCCAGCACAACGGAACAUGGCAUUCAAACAUUUCUGCUAAACUUCACCGAAUUUAUGACUAUUACAUAUCGGUUGCGCAAUUUCUGCAGCAGAGUGCUGGAUGAUACGACGAGCACGGUUCUGGCGCCUCAUUCUUUCGAAUGUUAUGCGGCUGGCGUAAAAAGUUUUUUGGUUAACAUGGAAAUGGUGAUGAUAGCGAAGGAACAGGAACUGAUGCGGCAAGAGCCGGGCAAAACGCACACCAUUAUCACACUGUUUCACGAGCUGGAACCGGAGCUGUUUGUUUUAAAGAAGCUCUACGAUAUUCAUCGAUUUUCGGUACUGGAUUGGACAAAAUUUCCGGCCCACAUUGCCGUAGCACACUUGCUGUCGGGCUUGUUCCGGAGCGUGAAGUUGAGCGCCAAUUUGGAGAAAGGCAAUCUUGCCUUCGCACUGCUGCUGGCCACACUCAAGUGCUACAUGAACGUGAUCGACAUCUGGUGGACGGAAGGUCGUCUCGACGACUGGCGAGAGGAAUUUUUGGUGGAGAAACAGUAUUCAGAAAAUGCGCCGAUCGGCGUGCUCACAGGCUACCAGGCACGGCUGUUUUCGAAGUGCAAGAAACGUUCCUUCUACGUCAGCUCUGCGAUUUCGGAAGUGAUUGAAAACGAUCCCAUCAUCAAGCUCCUGCUUCACCACUCCCUCGAAGCGGGAUAUACUUUGAACAUACUGAACGGGUUGGACAGGAUCAGCGAUAUGCGACGGGAGCACGAGUCUGAAGACGAAAGCUUAGUAUAUUUGAGCUUCUUGGAGGCAAUCGUCGAAGAGCUGCAAAGAUUCCGAACGGAAGACGAAGUUAAUACGGAUAGCAACGCUGCAACGAAAGAUGAAACGGGCAAAGAAAAUGCAAAAAUGCUUCAGUUGCGUAAAGAAAUUCAGGAAAUCUGUAGCGACGAUCUGCUCCUGAUGGCGCUAAAUAGCACGAUUUGCUUGGUUAGUGAACACACGGAUCAUGAUUUAUCAGAUAAAUCGUCCACGGUGGUGAAGGAACCGAACCUCACAAACGCGCACACGGUAUACGUGACACUGAACUCGAUCACGACGCUUCCACUGCCUCUGGAGCACGUGCUGUUUAAUGCGAUAAAGAACUUAAUGGAAACUAAGCGACAGGCCGCAAACCAUUACGUGACGUACAUCUACAAGGACGAAUUCCAUGUCAUGGACCAUUUGAGGAACAUACGAAAGGUGCUGCUGCUGGAGGCUAGCGAUCUGAUGGAUUAUUUCUACAGUGAUCUGUUUCGAAGGAUCGAAGCAGGAGAAAGUUGGGCCAAUCCGUACCUGCUCACGACUCAGUUGAGUGACAUCCUGGCGUCGCGAUACAACGACAUGAUGUCAUUGUUUACGGUUGAAAUCGAUCGCUCACGCGGGUACGGGCUAGACCAUCCGACGGUGCUGCAGGCGAUCGACACCAUAAGCGUACUCUACAUCCCGGGGCAUGAUCUGAGCAACAUGAUCAACGAUGCAACACUUGCGAGCUACAACAGCGUGUUUCGAUUCCUGCUGAAAGUAAAAUGGGCCCUGGGAACUUUGGAAAUGCUGCGUUUUCCCUGGUCGCAGAAACGGCGACCACCGUAUGCGGCCUUCGGCAUGAUGGAUCUGAUACUGAAGCGCCUAGCGAUGCUGAAGUUCUGGAUGAUAUUUUCCUUGCAAUGUGUACAUUCGCACCUGAUGACCCACGUGCUCCAGUCAUUCGGUGAACAGCUGGAUGCGAAGCUCGAUCGCGCCGACAAUUUGAGCGACAUGAUAACAGCUCACCAACUGUACAUUAGUACGAUCUUUGAGCAUUGCUUCCAGCAGGAGGACAGCAAACCGGUGCUCGAGGGAAUCACACGCAUGCUAGAACUGGUUUCCAUUUUGCGAGACGAAUGGCGCACUACGGUUAACUUUAUUGAAAUGGAUGCGAAGGGUCAAAUCGCCGACAACAGUACGAUCGCCGACUUUGUUGCCAAAUCUCAGGUACAUGAACUGGAGCGUACAUACUGCAAGUGCCAUCAGCAGUUGGCAAAGUUGCUAAGUCGUGAAGCGUACGGCCGCCAGAAACUACAUUUGACAGGAUUGGCCGAUGCGUUUAGUUACAAUGUUCCUUACUGAAGCGCGCUGUGCCCCGGACUUAGUAUUGUAAACUGCGUUUUGUGCCGAUGUCGUCCAGUAUUUGUUGCAACUCAUCGUCCUCGAAGCGACCCUCGAGGGAGGGAAUCAGUGCUUUCGCUUCCUCUGGUGACGCUGGACACAGGUUUCCGAGCGCCGCGAGCUCAAACUUGUGUAGCUUUUUCUGCAUCAACAAGCUGGAAUACAAGCAAGAAG